CCCUCGGUUAUUAGUCUGCAGCAGCAGCAUCCUGCGUGACACACAGAGGCAGGCAGUCCUCCUCUCCUCUCCUCUCCUCUUCUCUCCAUCUCCUCACCCUCUUCUUCAUCCAAGCACGCAUUUAUCACUCAUUCUCUCCGCCUCACUGCGCGGUCGCCAGUGGAGGAGUCGUUUGGCUGUGGAGCGGCUCUGUCGUCUUUUCCUCCCCAAAAAGGACAAAUGCUGAUUUUCGCCCUAAAGCGGCCGCCGUUCAUUUUCGUGUCUUGGGAAGUUAUUUGCGGUGCAUGGAUAGAAGCUGCUGAUUGUGCUCGCCGUCGCUCAAGCGUAGCAGAGGAGAGCUCGGCUUCAAGGCAAGGAUUUAUUCCUCUCUGAAUUGGCUCUUCUCUGACCUGGGCGGCAAAGUAAUAAGGAACGUUGGGAUCAGAACUUCACGGAAAUGAGAUGCCAAUGAGGCAACUUGUCGGUCUGGAGAUCUACUAGAAGAUUGGGCCUCCUUGCCAUUAUGAAAGGCCUGGGGACCAGUCAUACCAGACACCUGUCUGACUCCUGUGACCCUUCCUCUGGCCACUUGGAGGCUCUCUACGCACAGAAGACCGGCACCAUGCCUCGGAGUCCUUACCUGCUGAGCCCGACAAUGGACCCAUAUGGCAAUAUGGACCCCCAUCUUUACCCAUCAGCCAACUCAGGCUCCCUGCCACCAGAAUGCCUGCUGCCCCUCAACAACCAGCUGUCCAACAGCAGCACCUUCCCCAGGAUUCACUACAACUCCUACGAUCCGUCGGACUUCUCCGCGCCUGUGGAGGGCAUUGGUGGAAUGAGAACUGGGACAUUGGGGGCGUCCAUGUCUAUGGGCAUGGGAUCGGGGAUGGGCAUGGCUGAGCUUAGUGGACGAACAUCCAUGAUUACGAGCGGCUCGGCCACUAUAUCACAUCACAUGACCAAGAACCAAACACCACACAGUCUUCUGGAGUUUGAGAAGCAGCUACCCGGCGGUCGGGAUGGCUUCAGCACCUUACAGUUCCAUAGAACAUCUGCGGCGGCCGCAGGCAAACAACGUACGGACAGUCCCGGUCGCAUUCGUUACAUGCUUCACUCGGUGCAGAAGCUCUUUGCAAAGUCCCAGUCGCUGGAAAGCCACCACAUGAAAGGAAACAUCAACGGACGCUCAACAAGUAGCGGCGGGGGUUCGUCGGGCACCGAUGACGGAGGGAAGCAUAACCGCAGAGCCAAAAGUAAAGAUCGCGGGACGAAAUCGGAAGCAACCGCCAAGCGACGACCGCGCUCCAACAUGUCCGGUUACUGGAGCUCAGAUGAUUUGGACAGCAGUGACGUAAGCAGCUUCCACAACCCCAUGGCCAUGAUGACUGUGGGACGCUCCAGUGGCCACGAGAGCCAAGCGGGCCAGAACCGAUACAUUCAUAGCGGCUACAACACUAUCAGUUCAUCCAAAACCAGCAAUGACAUGAAGUAUCAGACGCUUGCUGCGCCUACGAGCGGAGGAGGAAAUGGACUUGGAGGAGCGCGGAACGUGCUGUUGAAUGAUAGCGACUACAUGAAAGGAGGCUCCUGGUCCGCACUGACCAUGGGCCAGCCAAGGCAAGUGAUCCAGAAGGGCUCAGCCACUCUCGAUAGGUCCUUGCUCAAGUCCAGGUCAUGCCAACAAGAACUGACCUGCAACUACCUGCAGGUCGGCCGAAGGGGAGACUGGAGCAGCUCAUUAGGCCGCAGCGGGGGCGCCAAUGAAAUUCCAUGUCGGCGCAUGCGCAGCGGAAGCUAUGUGAAAGCCAUGGCGGACAUCGAGGACAGCGACGACUCGGAGGGGAGCCCCAAACCUUCGCCAAAGACUGCCGCUCGCCGCCAGAGCUACCUCAGGGCCACGCAGCAUUCUCUGAGUGACCAGCUUCCCCCACGCAACAGAACCUUGGAUUAUUCCUUUUUGCAAGGGGAUCUGGAUGCCCUGUGGUCACCCGUCCACAGUGUGUCCUCCCUCAACCAACUGAGCAGGUCAAUGAGCAGCUGUCUUCCAGCUCUCCGAGAGCUCGCCAAUAACCGCAGCCUGGACAACCUUGACUGCAUUGGGGGUACGGGCUCACCUGUGCCACACUGGGAUGAUGACGACUUCAGCCAUGCCUGCAGCACAUUGGGCAGACGAAGCCGGAUGGGGCAGCUGCGGGAGCUGGACAUGAGUCAUCAUUAUGAGGACCGUAGCUCUGACUCCACAUUCCGAGAUUCCCGUUCGCAUUCCCAGGACAUCCCAGAGCCUCCAGACCUGCCCAUGCCCUCUUGCUUCCGCUCGCGCAGCCACAGCUACCUGAGAGCCAUCCAGGCGGGUUGCUCUCAAGAUGACGACGUGGCUUCCAUCGACUCAGGCUCGCUUCCGCCAACUGACACCACUGUUCGUACCUACGGCACCAGCACUGACGGCCUUUCUACACAGUGGAAGACAUGGAAAGAACAGUUUGGCUCUUACCUGAUAGCCACUGGCUUGGACAAAGCUCCAAAGGAGAAACAACUUGCAAUUUUUCUGCAGCGUUUGGGGGCAGACAGACCACGCAUCAUACCCACACACACAGUCUCAUGCAUCACCACCUCUAGGAAGACCGCUCCGCCGCCCGUACCGCCCCGCACGACCUCCAAACCAUUCAUCUCCGUGACGGUACAGAGCAGCACCGAGUCGGCUCAAGACAAUUACCUGGAGCAAAGGUCAGAGGUCAACAGCCAGUCCAGCCACGCGCACAGCAACUCGUCCGACAGCCUCGAUAGCACUCGCGCCAACAGCCUGGCCCGGGGAUUACCUCGCCCUCCGCACAUCAUCCCUACUCCCAUCGCCAUCCCCCGGGAGCCGCUCGUCCCGAGCACGGCCAACGCUUCCACGGAAACCAGCGACUCGAGUUUAAUCCUGCAUGAGUCCAUGAGGUCGGGAUUGAAUAAUUCUGCCGACGAGCCUCUUGUGGUCCCCGUGCCUAGACGGAAACUCUCUUCGAUCGGCAUCCAGGUUGACUGUAUACAAGAAGUUCCGCAAGAGGAGAGCCCACCCCCAGCCAAGUUUCAGUCCAUCGGAGUACAGGUGGAGGACGGGUGGCAGCCUGGUCACCAUUCCAGCAUGGCCUCCAAACAGGACACAGACUCAGAUAAACAGGACACCUCUGCUGUUCCCCACAUUAGUCAGGCCACACCCACUGACAAGAAAGUCAUGGUCAGUAUGGCAGCAUCGUUGAGUUCCCCUCCUGAACAGGACUCCUUAGACAACGGCGACACCACGGGUGACGCUUCCUCCCCUCCGCCUCCCAGGCAGUUCCUCAACCGCUCCACCACACGAAGUAGCUCUUCCUCUUUCUCAGAAAGCCUCGACCCGGCCCUGGACCCCUCAUCCUUACCUCCCCCAGAUCCUUGGCUAGAGAGUGGGAAUGGGAGUAGCAGCAUUGCUCCCCAGAGUGUUAGUGGAGGGGGCACACUAUGUCGGAGGGAUGGCCACUGGUUCCUGAAGCUACUGCAGGCUGAAACGGGACGAAUGGAAGGGUGGUGCCAGCAGAUGGAUCAGGAGACCAAAGACAACCAACUCUCAGAUGAAGUUCUCAGUGUUGUUAAAGUCCGCAGUGCAGUGGGAAGCGCCCAACUUUUAAUCCAGAAGUUCCAGCAGUUCCGGGGGCUGUGUGAACAAAACUUGAAUGUGAACAUCAAUCCUCGGCCCACACCGCAGGACCGCGGUUUCUGGGACCUGCUGCAACUGUCCAUCGAGGACAUCAGCCUCAAGUUCGAUGACCUCUACACAUCGCAAGUCUAAUGACUGCAGCCGGUGCUAUCCUGCGGGGAUCCGACCGUCACCCCUCUGAGCGGAAGGACGAGGAGAAAGGCGCCCACUCCGGCGUCAAGGAAGGCCGCUAAAGGACGGCCGUCGCUGGGCCGCGAGAAAAGCGCCGACUCCUCUUCCACACCCUUCUUUCGGGCUUCGGCGGAGAAGCAGAGGCAAGAGGCCCGCAGGCGUCUGCUGGCCGCAAAGAAGGCCGCCUCUUUCCGCCAGAACUCGGCCACCGAGAGCGCAGACAGCAUUGAAAUCUACGUUCCAGAAGCACAGACCCCGCCUUUGAGGGAGACCAGUGAAAGACAGGAAAUGUAAGGUCAGAUUAUUGGACGGAUAAGUGUCACUGAAAAAUACCUGUAAAGGGAGAGCCAGGUGACACUUGGCCAAUGCGAAUGACAAGAGGUAUCGAGUUGGGGGAGGAGAGGCCAAUACUUCCUUGACUGGGGUGGGGGUUGACUUUUAUGUAUGGCAUCAAACACAUAAAUAUAACUUUUGUGUACUUGUUAGAAACCUGCCAUUGAAAACCUCCACAGAUUUACAAUAUUUAUCAAGACACAAUAUUAAGUUAAUAAGCGUAUUUCCAUCCACAUCCUCAAAGUAUAUUUGAAAGACUGUUUAAAAUGUUCUUCUAUAUUGGCUAUAAGAUCUAUUUAAAGGACACAGUUGAGCAUUUGUUUUGCUUUUCUGCUUUCCAUUGUUGUCGCCCUUCUACCCAGACUGGCCAUUUUGUAGCUUCGUACGACACCACCUUGUGGCCAACAUACAAAGUACACAAGACCGACUUGCUUGCGUCUACGUCUUCCUUGCACUGUUUUGGUUUCUUUUUUGGUUUGUUAAGGCUCGACUUACUGUAGAUGAGGUUCUGAAUAUUUUGUCAGAUGACAAAAAGCCAAUUCUGAAGGGGUGUUUAUAUAGUUGCUAGCACGUAUGUGUCUGUCAAAUGGUUUUGUGUCAAAGAGCAGCGGUAAGAAUUUAUACAGGUUAGUUUUUCAUGCUUUUUAGUGAACACAUAUCUUCAUGUGAUGAGAAUCUCAAAACGGUAUUUUCAGGUUGCGAAUAUUAGUACUAACAAUUGCCACAGUUUGAGAUUUUUUUUUUAAUUUUCUUGUAAUUUUUCUUACACCUCUCUAUUUUAAUAUUUCCCCUAUGUAUGUUCGGGGCUUUUAGAAGCCAGGCUGGGUAUGCAGCAUAAUACUGGUAACACACAUGACUUUAGAAGUUUUUUUUUUUUUUUUAACUCUCUGCUUCUCAUUUUACAAUAACACAUUUUCUUCUUAACACUCAAGCAAAUUCAUCUUAUUUCUGUGCAACUAACCUGCCCUCUUUUAAUUUAAAGAAAGCCUAUUUAAUUAAAAUAGUAACUGCAUUAGUGGUUGUGUUUGCAUCAUUUUUUCCAGUGCUACCUGCUUACUGCUCCAGUCAAAGAUGAGUUCACUUCAUUCCAAUUCAUCUCAUACAUUAACAUAGCAUCAACAGCAGGUAGCUCCUGCCAUGCAAAACAAAACGAAUGAAAUGAAAUUAGAUUGCAAAGUUCAUAAAACUCGCUGUCACCAUCUGAUGCAUAAAACUAAUUUAAGACAAAUGUAAACAUCCUUUUAGGGGUUUAAGUGUUCUGAGCAUGCGAGGUAGAAAGAUCUUCAACAAACACAGAUGUUACACUUCUUUUAGUCCAAAAUCAACAUGUCAUGUGACAUAUUACAUUUAACACGUUUCACUUAAACACUACAAGUAUGGUGGCCCCUCCUCAAGUCAACACUGCAAACAAACUCAAUUGUUGACACGUCUUCCAAUCCAGUUUUAUCUCUGCAGAUGGUAAACAAAUUUCCCAUGGCUAACGGGUUCAGACGAUGCUGUCAUUCCAUUGCUUUCUUUCUCACCUGCACCUUCAAGCCCAAAACUGCAACCCGAGGCUUUGACUUGAAAAUAUCCCAAUGAGCGCCUUUCUUUCUUGAUGGUUGGCCUUUGUUUGCUGUUGGCUUUGCCUGCUGGGGAUGAGUGGAGUGAAGGCCUAGGGAGUGUCAAUUGCCCGUUCCUGGGUGAAUGUCCCUUCCUUUUGACUGAGGUGAAUAGCAUCGUUAUCACCUCCACAUCUUUUGUUUGAGCUUAAAUCUCUGUCGCUGACUUGAUUUGAUUUCUCACUCGUAGGGAACAGUUGUCUGACUAGUUAUUUAAAUUGUCUUGGAAUAAGAAAAUAAGAACUCGAGCACAUCUGUCGGCCUGAGUUGAAGUGAGAUGAGCACAUAAACAUGACAGAAUGAGAGUGUGUUGGAAAACAAAAUGGAUAUCUCAAAAAGAUAAUAUUGUGAUCUCAUACAUUUCUACGAGGUCUCAUUCCAAUACACAAUUGGCUGACUGAUCCAGUAUCAUUCGGACACACCUAUACAUCUAUUUCCUGAGUGAGCUUAUCUGAGUUCCAAGAUGGUUUCACUUUGGGGUAUGUGCUUCCUGUUGAAGCUUUUGAUAUUGGUUUAAUCAUGGCUCCAGAUAUGCUUAAUGUAGGCCAGGGGUUGAAAAAUAGUAUUUCAUUGAGCCCACCAGGAAAUUCUUUAAACAAACCAAGCCUUAGAUGACACAUACAUGAUGGCAAACAAUUUGUAUCACGUGUUGAUCAAUUCUAGAUUUAGGGAAAUUGAAAUGGAUUUAGGCAAUUGUGUAUUUUGACCUUCAGACAGGGACAACUGUGUCCUUGUGUUGAUUACACUUUUCAUUUCGUAAUCACAAAUGGAGACUGCAAUCAUUUGCCAACCGUAUUAUUACCAGAGCAAGGAAGGACGUGUUUAGUUUACCUCCACCGCCCACAUACAGUAUUCCAAAGGCCUAUUGACUCGCAAGUUCAUUAGCAUCUUUGCUUUGUCCUACUGGGGUGAGGGGCAGAACGUCUGUCUCACCACAAAAGAUGAUGUAGCAAAAACUUGUUUCAUAAAGUAAGCACUGAUAAGAAAACAGAUCUCUUCACUAUAAUUAUACGUCAAAUGUGUGUGACGCUUUGUUUUCCUUAAAAAAAAAACUUUGUCUCAAAUGCCACUCAAAGUAUAUGUGCGGAUUGAUGUAUUUGAUAUUGAAAUGAUUAUUCUUAGCAUACCCCUGCUUCUUAAAAUGAACCUGUGUACAUAAAUUAGAUAAAUGGAUAUCAUUGUUUACAAUACUGUAGCUCUAUUUAUACGAUUUAAAGUUUGUUCAGAUCAUACAAUGCAUAUGGUUCAAUAAAAUGAUGAAUUACUUUCUCAAAA